UUCUGCCACGGUUAGAGCGUGUUCAAUCGCUUGCGGAGUGUCGUUCGGUUCACCAACUCGCAACGUCCAGGGCACGUGAAAGGGAGUGUACGGCACGCGAUCGAGAGUGUCAAUUUUCUAAUCAGAAAAGUGUGUUUUUUGCGUGUGACGGAAGUGCAACUAAGCAGUGUGAAGCAGUGUUAGCUGGGGAAAAGUGCAUCUUGGGUGAUCGUGUGCGCGCGCGUGUGUAUGUGUGUGUGUGUGUGUACAUUGAUUGAUCGAUUAAAAUUAACGCGUGUGUGAUCUGCAGUCAAACCCGAACCAGUCGAACGCCACGACACGAAGAUUGAAGAUUGAUGGUGAGCGAAAUUAUCCACUUUGCAGCCAGGGUGUUUGUGGCGUGCGCCGGUCGACUGCAGGAGAGGAACCAGGCACCGGGGGGCUGUACACCGAAACGAUAAUUCAAUUUAUUUCGACAACGACGUCGUGCGAGACAGCAAGCCAUCGAGCCCCGGACGGAUUGUUCCAGCGAGCAACGGGCGGGUGUUCGAGUUAGUAGUCGCUCAAAGUCGGCUCGGGUGAGUUGGGUGGCGUUUGUGGCGUGCUUCGUUCGACUAAUUAAGAGUGUCCGGCGGUCGGUAGUCGGUGCAUCUUUGCCGGGGAGGGACCAUCUUUUAAAGUGGUGCUUUGUCGGUGUGUGCUUUGGUUUAUCGGUCGGUUAUUGAACCAAAAAGCCCCAAUCGAGUCGUGCCAAAAUUGUCCAACAAUCGCCCAUCGAUCGGAGUGACACAAUCAAGGAAGUGGUGCUAAAUUUUACAAGUGUUUUGUCGGUGUGUCGGUUUGCGUGUGUGCGUGUGUGUGCCUCACUGGACGGGAUUCGAUAAUGAGAAUAUAAUCCAAUUAAAGUGUCCCCGUACGUUAAGCGAGCGAAAUAGGAAAAGCGAAGGUGUCGUCUGCUUGUGUUUGUGUCUUUGUUCAUUACAUCGGCCUGUGUAUUAAAGCUUUCCCUCUGAAUAUUUUGUGCAAAAUAAAACAAGAAAAUAAACAGUGAGUGAUCGUACCAUAAUAAAGUUGCUUCUUGGAAGCCAAAAAGUGAAACAAAAAAUCCAUCAAAAUUAGUGCUUAGUGGUUUGGUGCUGCCAUAACACCAUGCUACAGGAAGUGCAUAACGUGUGUUAAUAUACCAGUGCCCGUGUCCAUUCACGAAGGAAACAGGGAACAGCAAACGACCGCGGAAGGAUUACUGCCAACCACGCCUGCAUUCGAGUCCAGCUGACCAAACAAUGAUUACUCCCCGGAUUACCAUGACACGGAUGCAGUUUGGAUUCAAUUUCCUGCUGCUGAUUGCCGCAUCCUCGAUUAAUGGCAAUCAACAAAUCUCGAAAAGUGACGCCCUGAAGCUGACGCCCGAGGAGGAGAUGGCCCACUUCGUCAACCAGUCGCGCAUGGUCACCUGCAGCCAUCCGGACCAUCCGGAGGUGCGGCUCAAGUGGCGCAAUCCGAAAAAUGCCAUCAUUAGCGAAACCAAGGGCCGGGUGCACAUCGAGGAUAAGGGCGACUCGCUCGCGCUGAUAUUCGAAGCGAUAGCCCGCACCGACCAGGGCAACUGGACGUGCGAGGUGGACGUCGAGGGGACGGCCACCGCCACCGAGGGUCGGGUGACCGUGCCGGCGCUGCGAAAAUCCUUUAAAAUGAUCGUUUACGAGCCCAUCUCGUUCCGGGAUACCAACACGGUGCAGACGGCGGUCGAAGAUAAGGACGCGACCAUCCGCUGCGAGGUAAAAGGACAUCCGGAACCAUCCGUUUCCUGGUACUUUAACGGCCAACCCCUGUUCUUCUCCAACAACGGACGGUACAGCAAGCUGGCCGACGGUAUGUCCAUCAAAAAGGUGGUCCAGAACGAUAGCGGCGAGUACACGUGCAAAGCGUUCCAGAUCUCGGCCACCGGUAGCAGCUUCGAGGAGAAGACGAUUCGCCUCAACAUCAAACACAAACCGUACAUGCCACCGUGGAAAAAAUCCAUCUCGGACGCGUACGGGUACGUCGGCGGCAUGGUGAACCUUACCUGCGAAGCGACCGCCGAACCGCCGGCCAACUUCAGCUGGUCCGCCAACAAUAAAAAGCUCACCCCGAAAAGCCACAUCAUUUACAACGGGCGCCACGUGUCGAUGCUGCAGAUCAUGAUAAAAACCAGCAGCAUAUUCGGCAAGUACAAGUGUGAGGCGAAAAACGAGCUCGGGUCAGUGACGCAAGAGAUCCACCUGAAGGAAGGCACCAAACCCGAUCCACCGAGUCUGUUUCAGCUGCGCGGUGUCAACUCGGACACGCUCGACAUCGACGUCGGCGCUACGAAGUCCCAUGACAUUCCGCCCGACCCGACCACCGUCAUCGGGUACCGGUUCGAGCUGAUGCCAACGGACGAAUACUUAAAGUCCCGCUCGUGGGACCACGCCAGCCGACGUGACUUCGACGUGGCCGACGGUGCCACCUAUCUGCUCGUGCAGCUCAUACCCGACACCAAGUACCUCAUCCGGGUGGCGGCCCGCAACGCGGCCGGCCUGAGCGACUGGACCGAGGUGAAGGAGUUCUCGACCCACCCAGUGCAGCCGCACGGUACGAGCGGCUCCAGUGCCCAACCCACCGACGUGUGCUUCAAGUUCGUCUGGCUGCUGGCCGUGGCGCUCCCGGCGGCCCUAUCCAUCACGCAUCACCGGUUUGCCGACCUGACGAAGGGACGGUUUUAAAUCCCCUACCCCCGCAAAAAACCCCCAGAGCUUCCGUUCGCGAAACGUAACCUUAAUGCGGGGAAGCUAAUGCGUUGGUGGGUGUACAUUCGCGCCCACACGGGAAAUUAAACCAGAAAAAAAGGUAAGAGAGAAAUUGGCUUCACAUCGGCAAACACUUCCCCCCCACACACACACACACACAACUGUCUUCACACGUGCGUUUACGCCAGUUUGGGUGCUUCCUACACACCAACACACCAGGUUGCAGGCGAAUGAUCGAUCGAGCAUGAUGACGAAAUCCCCGCAUCGCAAGCGGCGCGUCCGUGAUGAUGCGUCGUACAUGAUGAGAAAAGUUUUUAGUGUCACUUUACGGAAAUUACACUCGUUUAGCGCGCGAUGGUAGUUCAUCUUCUCCUUAUGACAUACACAGACACUCACCAGCACGAAGAAAAUGUUUUGUAAGGCUCUAGUGCAUCAUUCAAAAGCGGUACGGUAAGAUCAGAAGAACGAGCAAAAAACAUCCCCGGCAUCGAACGUAAAAUCGCAUUCCAUUGAGAAACAGAGAUUUAUGGCGACAAAAAGAAACAAACAUAAACACUAUUAAAAAUGAACGUUGUAGUGCGGAUUGCCAGACUUCAGGCGCAUCGUAAACGCAAAUUGAAUUCGUUGCGCCUAACAGUAUGCAAUGCGCAGUAAUGAAGGCUCCUUUAUGCACAGUAAACGCGGUACAGCGAUACACAUGGAAGGACACACCAACACACAGAAACACAUCCCUAGAGCCAAAGAAAACCCGUCUCCCUUAGAAGUUUAGAUAAGUAUCGAAGAAGAAGAAGAAGAAAAAGAAGAAUAAGAAGGAGAAGAAGAAGAAGAAGAAGAAGAAGAAGAAGAAGAAGAAAACUUUUCCGUAUGUUUUUACGUGUAUAUUAACUAGUUGCAGGAUGCAGAGUGUACGAGGAUGUGUUCACAAAAACACACUCCGAGAAGAUAGUGUGCGUAUGUGCGUACGUGUGCGUGUAUAGGUAAUACAAAAAAGUUACUAUAGAUAAAAUGGGGUCCCACGGGGGGACUAACUGCACUAGCUAGAAGAUAAUUAUGGCCUGUUGUGUUUUUGAUAUCUGUUUAUGAAUGGCAAGAACGUUACACCCUUCACCCUCUUCCCCCGCGUAAUAACGUGUUAAGAAGGAAGGAAUUAAUAGAAAACAACACCCACACUCACUAUCCACACUAGUGAUGUGCUCUUUGCAGCGCUCACCCACGACUCCGAUCUGACUCCAACUAUUGUUAGUCCAAUCCCGUCUCCGGACAAAUCGGAACCACUAGUUCCGCCCGGAGUCGUUAUUGCCCGGAUUCAUCCGAAGUUGCCCGGAGUUGUCCAGAGUCGUCUAGAGUCGUUCGAGACAGGCUGGAGUCGUCCGGAUUCAUUUGAAGUUGUCUGGAGUCUGCCCAGAGUCAUCCAGAGUCGUCCGGAGUCAUCCGGAGUCUGGAUAAUGCCGGACGCACCUACCUUCCAAAAUGUUCAAGUCGGUCCCAAAACUUUCGGAUUCUGAUGGGAAUCGACUCCGGAUGUUUGCCAACUGUACCCAUCACUAGUUCAUACACAAACAAAACCCCCAACCACACUUUCCGAGGAGAAAUGCGCAACUUUAUUGCAUCGUCAACAGCCGUUCGCCAGUUGUUUUCCCUCAGCAAGAACUCCCUGCCAAGAAGAAACUUUUCCUCCCAAAAGCCUUCCACUCAAUUAUCGUGCGGCGAGGGCAAAAUGAAAAAGAAAAACCAGUGCUUCGUUUAUUAAAUUCUUGACCUCCUUUUCUCGGGAAUCAACUCAUUAGCUGACCGUGUCGGCGGUGCCGGCAUCGUUUUAGGCACUCACAGACACUCACAUAAUCCACCGUACAGGCUGCACCUGCUUACCUGCUGCCUAGCGAAAGGAACUACCAGCACCCGGACCCGGGCAGGCAGCCAGGAGCGGGAAAAUAAGUUGCUCCUAACAAUUGGUUUAGCUUCUUGCUGUAGCGACCCCGCUGUAGUGUUUUAUGUCCGCGCUAUCCGGAUUUUGGAGCGAGCGAUCGUUAGCGAAAACGAGCUCUAAUCCUUCUCCGACAUCCAAGCGCAAGCGGAAGAGUGUUCUGAGCUGUGCUGGAGGAAACAGGAAAGGGGUGCUAAGUCGUGAGACGUUGCAGUGUUUCCGGUAGGUUGUUGCAGUUGCUGCCAACUGACGACCACUGAUACAAAAGACACACAGCAGCAGCAGCAAUCUGUGCAGCAAGGGUGCAUCUAGAUGCGCCGCUCGCCUUCUUUGCAGAUGCAAUUAACUAGAUAAAAAGGUUUCAAUUCUACACCGCGCCACUUUUCGGGAAAAGAGAUGCAGAGAUGGUGCAGCGAAUGGAAAGCUUUCAGUGCUUCAUUUGGGUCGAAUGGUUUCGGUGUGUUGAGAUCCUUUUUUUUUUUUGCUGUACGUUCUAUUUAAGUUUCAUUCGACAUGAAUUUUGCACUUCGUUGACACAUUUCCAUCUUUGGUUUGCUGGCUUUCGGGGGCGGUCGGGGAGGAGACCUUCAUCCUUCUUCUUUAUUAGUUUUGUUCUUGUUGCUAGUUUCAUUUCCCUCUUACUCCUGUUUCCACUUGCAAGAUGAAUAAAUAUAAAAGUCUCACCGGGUUGGGAGGAAAUCGGGCGAACUCCUGCAUGGACAGUCACGCUCUUUUCGGUGGGAAUUCCGCUUGAUCAGCAUUCCCGUUUUCCAACCCGUUGCGGCCACACAAGAAAUCUCGCUCAUAAACAACGGCACAUUCACAUUCGCAGUACGAUAGCAGUAGAAAGCUUGAUACACACACACAUACACAGAGCAGAAUGGAAACGGAAAACGGAAUAGUUUUCUAUUUAAACCAGAAACGAUGCGCUCGCUUCCAGUUACCGGCAGGAAUGGAAAUUGCACCUGCACACACUGUUCCGGCUGUCCGUGCGUUGCUAUCAUAUGCGAACCACACGGUCUGCACGGUAGAGAGAUUGAUGCUACAGCUUUUGGUGUUGUUUUCGGUCCGAGUUUUACUUAUACUUUUUUUGAGCUUUUUUUUUUUGCUUUUUCUCGCAAAACAACCAUCCGAGCGACAUCAAACGAGCGGCUGCAUCUUGAUGAAGAGCACUUUUUUCACUUAUUUCUGUCCACUGAAUCGGUCUUGUCGGUCGCUUUAGAAUGCAAAAUAUGCGAAGGUGCGAGUAGAAACUGUCCUUAAAAGAAGCAAGGCAAAGAAAGGGGAAAAAACAAAUCAUUUAAAUUUAAUAGCAGCUCUUUAAAAAACAGACGAACAAAAAGCAAAAAGACGCGAAAAUUGGGGCAAACACAUUUUAAAUUCACUCUCCAACUCGCCAUUUCUUUGCGGGCGACAAAUUUACUGGCUCGCCCCAGUAACUUCGCAGGAAAAUGCAUUUCAUCUGCUCGAAUAACACCUCCAGCCCGGAGGUUGAGCGCGCUGCUUCACGCCACAAUAAUUGCAUUUCACUUAUUAAAUCAACCCAAUUUUGCGCGUUCCUUCUGUCGCUGUCACGUUGGCAAAAGAGAGAGAGAGAGAGAGAGAAUGAAAAAAACAACGUCCCAUAGCGAAAUAAUAAAUUGAUCCGCGUUCGGCUUUCGGCGCGCACCCGAAAAGUGCGCACAUAAUCGAACGCAACGUGCAUUAUGUGCAUCGGGGAGGGCAAAGGCGUUAUUGUUUAAAUACAACGCUUCCCCUUGUGUCGCACAGCGCGAUCGGUUCACCUUCAGUGUCACGUGGCGCGUUCCGAAAGUUUAAAUUAAAAUUUCCGUUUUUUUUUUGUCGCUGCUCAUCGUCGUCGCUGCGUGCAAAGUGCAAUGAAGAAUCUACGGAACACAGCAAGGUACACGCGCAAGGGUGAAAUAGCUGUGAAAAACUUUCCGCACAAGAUUCGCCGUGUCGCUUGCAGUGUUUGUGCCGUUAUAAAUACGCUCUUGCACUUCAUCGGCUGACGAUGAGCCAGAGCGCGCUCGGAAAGGGCAUUAAAAUAACUUUUAUGCUUAUCAUUUUAUGCAUCGAUGCGAGCCAUCUUCUGGACAAUCUUUUCCUCCCCAGUGUUGUGUUGAAGCGCACUAUCGCAUCCUUUCGACAGGACGAUGAAAGUUUCAACAGCGGGCUACAUUUUUCCCGCUCGCAGCACGAUCAUGCGAUGAUGAUCAUGGUUAUCGUAAAUUAUGAUACUCUGAUCCGUUCGGUGUUUUUUUGCAGCGGGUGACAAGCGAGAAGGAGCAAUAUUUUUUACGCUUCUUUUUUUUAGAUGACUUUUAACUCCCCGUCUGAAAAUGGGAUAAGCAAAUUUGCGAGCUGAAAUAGAAAGGAGCAGGAAAUAUAAAUUAAACCCAACUUCCACUGGAACUGAACGCUCAUCUGUCGAAGGGAUGGAGAGCGAUCCUGUUUUCAACCCUUUCUUUUUUUAAACAAAACCAAAUAAAUUGUUCCGGGACCGCUUUGACGUGUUUGUUUGCUUCCAUUCUUAUGUGUUGUUGGUUCUGUUUUUUGUGUUGUUUUUCUUGUACGUUCCAGUUCUAUUUUAAUCCCUUACAUUUGUAGGCUUUACUCUAUUUUUUCGACAGCAGGCGAACCGAAACCAAACAAACAACAACAACAUAAGCGGAGUGUUAUAGAAAAUUGAAUAUCGCGAUUAAAAACCAUUUCCAACUAGCCCACAAUCCACAAAGGAAGGAUCGACACGGGGUACAUGGGGUAUGAGUGAUAGUGAAGCAAACACGAAAAAACAGAAAACCCCUCCAAAUGGCCAGCCCGAUCACGAAUUGAUUUGACCAUAACCGGGCAGACGGGCCGAAUAUUGCACGUUGGCACAACGAACUGAAACGUGCAAGGAAACCCAAAAACCGAAAAGCGGAAAUCCCAGCAGCACCGUGCACCACAGACGAGAGGACGUGUGCAUACGUUCAGAAAAAUCCUCAAACACACACACACUGCUUUUCCACCGUUUCCGCUUACGGUGGAUCGCGUUUUGUGUUUGUGUGUUUUUAUCCUUGUUUGGUUAUGUUUUUUUUUUGUUUCGGUCAUAUUUCGAGCUUCCAUUAUUUUUAUUGAACCGAACAAGCGUUCUUGUGGUGUGGGUUAAAGCCGGGCGCUAUCUAAAGCGUAAGGAUGUUAUAGUUCGAAUGCUAUCAUGGAGCACCACAAAAAAGGGCGCGACGUGAGGGUUGGCGAACCGAAACGGCGAAACGAGUGGCUAUUAAUUUAUUUAUCAUUUUGCUUUAUUUUACCAGCUACAGUCAUGUGAGUGUGUGUGCAGGCGGUAGAACCGGCGAGAUACGCUUAACUCAGCUGACAGAUCGCCCUGUUUGCGCUGUGACUAACAAGGUGCUUACAGAGGGGUUUUGGGAACAUUUUGCCAUACAAAUUGCAUAACUUUAGGCGUUUUAAGGCGCAAAGUGUUAAAAUGACAUAUUUUUGUCAUUCUUUUUAUUUUAACAACAACAGGAGCGUAAAUUAUCAAACAUAACUCAUUUACACUUUGCUUCUUAACAAGGUUUCUACCGAUCGAAAAAGCAUUUAUUGCACCUUAAUAAGCCAAGGACUGUCAAGGGCUCGCCAAAAAAAAAAAUCCACACAAUAAUCUGCACGCAUUCUCGCUUCCGGAUGUUUGGGCCGGGUUCCUUCCCGCACCACUUUUUUCCCACGAAAUCGCCACGAAAUGAUUUAUUCAUCACAGAACGAGCCCCUUUACCCGUUUUGUGUUAUCGACAGCUUUCACAGAACAAGAGAUGUACCUCUCGCUUGCUUUUAUGUUUUACCUUCGUGAAUAAUUACAUUUUUGUGUAUAAAAACCACGUACGAACACCCUUUUUCGGCAGCAUUAUGUGUGUAUGAACGUGAGUGUGGGGCAUCUUUUUUUUUGCGUGUGGAACAGGGGGUUACGAAAAUGUGUUACGAAGAUAAUUUCCAAUACUAUAUGCUGUGAAUAAUUAGUGCCAUACACGCGAAAAGCACGAUUAUCGUUGUAAGCUCGCUGUUGCUCUGCUGCGUACGUAGCAAAUGUGUAUUUGCUUGCCUCUGGAUCUUAAACUCAUCUUACCCGUUGUUCUUGUGCGAUCAUUUAUACCUACGACACGUGAUAAGGAUAAGGAUGGAUAGUGUUUUCAGCAAUGAAUGUGAAUAGGUGUAUACAUUUAACAUAUUUUGAUUAUGUGUGGCGCUAGGCUUUCAAUAUUCCGUUUGUUUUUGUUUCCGUUUAUAGCCUCUAUGCAUAUUGAUGCGUGUUGAUUUUCAAUUGCCUAAGAGCAAGUUUCCAAUGAAUUCAAUCCACAUGGCAAUUUGGUGCUAAAUAUAAAACACCUCAAUACUAACCUGGUAUUGAGAAAUGACCUGUCAUUGAGCUUCAUGCAUGCAUUCAGCACUUGUUCUUGUUUGUGUAGAGGUGGUGUAUCGAAUGGAAUAAAAUUAAAUUAAACCAAUUCAUCAUCGUGAGACAACAUACAAAUGAAACAACAAAAAAACUGAAACAAAAACCAAUAAAAUCACUUCAUUAAUCGUGAACGACAUCGAUCAUUAAAAACGCUGUCCGAGUUGAUAGAGACUAAUAGAAGGUCAGCGUUCCGUUGUGUUGUGUGCAAUUCUGUGUUUUCUAUCAUUAUCUCUCCCACUACCAACUUCCCGCACCCCCGCAGCUGCGCCGUUAUCACGAAUGGUUAAUUAUGAGUAAAUAAAAUUUGGAUUAAAUCAACCAUAACUCAUCCGUCGGGUAUGUUCCGUCGGGCCAGCGCUGGGUAUAAUCAGUAGCGAUAGAGAAAGAAAAAAAGGGAGUGCGAACCGAAGUCAACAUUACUGGAGGGCAAUGCAAUGACCUUACCUCCCCCUUUUUUUUGCACCACCCUCGCGUCACGGCACCCGGAGUCACGCAGUACACACAGAGGUUAAUUUAAUUAUUUAUCCUCCAACUCGGACUCACACACACACACACUCGUAGGAUCGAUACUAGGCGUGUCGGGGCCGGUGCCGCAGUGAAAGAAGUGAAAUACAGUGAAUUGAAAAAGAGAUAGAGAGAGAAAGCGAAAUAAAAUGCUUCCCCAAACCCUUUCGCUCCCUUUAGCGCCCUCCGCGCGUUUGUAAACUGACACGCGGACGGGCGCUAUGGUUGUUAAUUGCUAGUAAUUAAAAUUAUUAUCACCAACAGCACAAGAGCGGGUGACGAGCGGGCGAAGGGAAGGCACAUUCUCACACCCUCUUCAUGUCGUUGCAUCAAAUGCAACAAAUUAUUAAACAAUCAAAACCGGGCACCCCGGGGCAAAAGGGAGCCGAAUGGAAAGGGAUUGCGGGAACGAGUCAUAUGGUGCAAUCAGUGCGAUACUUCUGGUUGAUUGAGUGCGACCAAGAUAUGGCUACGGCUGCAAUCUGCUCCGACUGCAAUCUGUUUUGCAGUUCACAGUACCAUUUGCUUAUUUAUAGAAAGUGUUUUUUUUUUCUCUCGAAAAUGAACUGAACUUCCCGAAGAAAAUAAAAACAGAAAAUAAAAAUAAGUAAACACCACAAGAAACACACACAUACAAACACACGAAUAGAUCAAAUCAACAGUUAAGCAUUACUUAUCUACUACUCCUUCUCCUUGCAAAUCCCCAUAAUCAUUAAACUGUGUAGUGUAAACGAAUACUAGCGAAGGAAUGGAAUGGAAUGGAUUUGAGAAAUUAAACGAAAACAGAAACGGAUACAUUAUAAGAUGUAAAAGCGAAAAACUAAAUCAACAAGACUUAUCGAAGGGAAAGAAAAAGAAGAAGAAUAAAUAAAAACAAACUUAGAAUUUGUAAAAAAAAAACAACAACAACAACAACACGGCAAACCGAAACAGGAGAUUAAAAUUAAAAACUUCAAUAAACCGUAAAACGAUGCAUAACUAUACGAACGGAGAAUGAAGAAGGUAGCAAACGUUAUUGAUAAACUAAUUACACAACACGGCAAGCAGGCGGAAGAGGAGAGGAAGAAGGAGGAUGCUUUUCACUAGAACUGUCGUGUUUCACAAUCGAUAACCACCUUGGGAGGAAAAAACGAUUCCGGUGGGUGGCGCUGGUAAAUGAAACAGGAGAA